AUGCAGCUCCCCCCCGUGGGCCAGUUGCGAUGGCAAGCCCCGCAGGCUCCCGCUGUCAACGCCAGCGCCAUUCAACUUGCCACGGAUCAGCCCCCGCUAUGUCCUCAGUCCGGCGGCGCCAAGCUACCUGAAGUUUAUGGCUUUAAUUCAGCCCUUGGCGAUGAGGAUUGUCUUUAUUUAAAUGUUUAUGCGCCACCGGGGGCCAAAGACCUUCCGGUCCUGCUCUGGAUCCACGGCGGAGGGUAUGGGAUGUUCGGUGCGAUCUACGACCCGAGUGAUUGGAUUAACACCAGCGAUAAUGGCUUUAUCGCCGUGAUGAUCCAGUAUAGACUGGGCGCCUUUGGCUUUUUGGCUUCUGAGGACGUGCACGAUCACGGUGCUACAAAUGCGGGCUUGCUUGAUAUGCGCUUUGCCCUCAAGUGGGUGCAAGACCAUAUUGGCCAGUUCGGGGGUGACCCGACCAACGUCACAGUUGGCGGUGAAUCUUCAGGCGCGGGGGGUGCGAUGUACCAAGCGCUGGCUUAUGGAGGCCGUGAAAAUCACUUAUUUAAUAAUAUAAUCGCUGCCAGUCCGUACAGUCCACCUGUGUACAAGUACGACGACAUUGUGCCUACAAAACACUACCAGGAGUUUGCAAGGCUAGCUGGUUGUUCUGAUGAAUCGGGUUCAUCUAAAUCUGCAGUUUUCGACUGCCUUGUCAAGGCUGACACCGACAAAUUACAAUACGCCAGCGGGAAUGUUUCGACUUCUGGUGCAUGGGGAACCUUCGCUUUCCUCCCAGUGAUUGAUGGGGACUUCAUCCAAGAACUGCCAUCGAAGCAGCUUCUGAGGAAGAAAGUCAGCGGUAAACGGAUUCUUUCCGGUAACAAUGCUAAUGACGGGGUCCCGUUGAGUCCUCCGUACAUCAAUAGUACAGAAGGAUUUCUAGAUUAUGUCAAAUCAACGUUUCCUCGCCUCCCACUAUUUGAGACGGCCAUCCUUCUUGAUAUCUAUGGAACGAAGGGAUCCAAUCCAGAAAACGAUGGCCCGCGUUACGAUACACUUGGUGACCAGGGCCCUACAGCUCUGAACCAAUCGGAAAUGGCAACCGGACUCCAGCAGACCGUCUUCGACAUUUUCGCCGAAACAACCUUUUCUUGCCCUUCAUAUUGGUUGGCAGAUGCCUUCUCGGGCCAUUACGCCAAAGAAAGCUGGAAGUACCAAUAUUCCGUAACCCCUGCGUACCACGGCGCAGAUUUGACCGCAUACUUCUCUGUCGGAGCAGAUACACCCACCAGAGGAUUCAUGCACGCAUUCCAAAAGAUCUGGAGCAACUUUAUCAUUCAUAAUACGCCAGUUAUUGCUGUCAAAGACGCUAAAGCCGGUUGCGAGAAUGCUACUGUACCAGAAGAUGACGACGGAUUGAUUUCAUGGCCUGUGUGGGACGAAGCUUUCCCGGUGUUGAUGAGCCUGAACACAACGGGCGGGAGCCUUGUCUUGGACCAAGUUACUGACCUCCUCUCGUACUGGCAUCGAGAAGACCCUGGGGUUGUUAAUGCCUUCAAACUGGCAAAUGCAGAUUCUUGGGAAGGGGGUCGCGGGGGGCGUUGUGCUUUCUGGCGCAGUAUUGGGCCGCAUGUACCGCAAUAG